CAACCCGACACAUUCCCUCCUCCAUGCGGCUCCGUCCAAAGGAGCACCGCAGUCACGAUGUCGGGCGCAGACACGGCCGACGCAGCUCUGCCUCAUAACGAUCUCCUUCGCAGUGCCAGCCCGCUUGGCCAUGAACAUCCCGCCUUUGUUACCCCACGCACCUACCUCGAGCAAGGGAGGCCGACGAUGCCCCCACGAGCUCUAACCACAGCCGAUCGGGAGCAGCUGGAUGGCCUGAAAACGAUCCGCGCCUUUCUGAAGGUGCGCACCAGCUACGAUGUCCUGCCGCUUAGCUUCCGCCUGAUCAUCUUCGAUACCGCCCUACUGGUGAAGAAGAGUUUGAACAUCCUAAUCCAGAACGGCAUAGUCUCAGCGCCGCUAUGGGACUCCAAAACAUCCACUUUUGCUGGUCUGCUCACCACCUCGGACUAUAUCAACGUCAUCCAAUAUUACUGGCAAAAUCCUGAGCAGUUGGCUAGGAUAGACCAGUUUCGUCUGAGUAGCCUCCGAGACAUUGAGAGAUCUCUGGGUGUCAGUCCCAUAGAGACAAUCUCUGUCCAUCCCGAACGCCCUCUAUACGAAGCAUGUCGCAAAAUGCUCGAGUCGCGUGCCCGCCGUAUACCCAUUGUAGAUAUUGACGAUGAGACGCGGCGGACAAUGGUCGUCUCUGUAAUCACCCAAUAUCGCCUGCUCAAGUUUAUAGCGGUGAACGUCAAGGAGACGCAGAUGCUGCGGAAGCCACUCAAAGAUUUAAACGUAGGCUCAUACAAGGAUUUGGCAACAGCAUACAUGGACACACCAGUCAUGGACGUCAUUCAUAUGCUGGUCAAGAAGAGCAUAUCAAGUGUGCCGAUUCUCGAUAAAGAUGGCACGGUUCUUAACGUCUUCGAGGCUGUCGAUAUAAUCACCCUCAUCAAGGGCGGUAUAUACGAUGAUCUGAACCUCAGUGUAGGCGACGCUCUUCUCAAACGGUCGGAUGACUUUCCCGGCAUCUACACUUGCUCUAUGCAGGACCAGCUGAGCACCAUUUAUGAUACAAUCCGACGAUCCCGUGUCCACCGUUUCAUUGUCAUCGAUGACCAUCGGAAACUGCAAGGUGUAUUAACGCUCAGCGAUAUCUUGGAAUACACACUGCUUGAAGGCGAGGAGAAUGAGUAG